GUUAGCUCGAUUGCGGGAGAGAGGUAACCCCGGGAGGUACCGGUACGCAGAGGCAUGAGAGGACUUUUUGGGAAGCUGUUUGCAUUCGCUCCCAUCGUUUCCCUGUGAGCAUCUAAUCAAAGGGAAGGGCAGAAAAGGGUAUCUCUAUCCAGUAGGUUCGAAACAAACAUCCACGGAUACCGCCGCAGUAAUGUGUAACGGUCACUUUUGGUAAGCCGGCAUUGGAAACAGCCCGACGAACACAAACGGCGCAAUGCCUACUAUGUAAUGCCUUUGCAGGUGGUGGGCUUGAGAGUGCAUGUAUGUAUAUAUCGGGUCGUAUCUGGUACGUUAUUCACAUAUCGGGACGUUUACCCACAACGCGUUUGAUGGGAGGUAGGUACCUAUGUACCUUCGUAGAGCGCGUCCGUGCAACCAUUCAUACAGUUAUGUCCAAACCCUAGAUAAUAGAAUGAAUGAUCAAGGACAUUCAACUUUAUGGUGGUCUCCAUAUUCCGGCUUUAGCAUGUUCUUUCCUGCUCGAUAAACAGCUCGACUCUCUUUGCAGUCACCCAAUGUCAGUAUGUCAAGGUUCCGAAAUCCAGGCCAAGAGGAGCCCGGGGAGGAGCAAGGACAAACCCCUACCAGGGCCCAAGCUUCAUCUCCUCUAGAAACCUCAGAGGAAAUGCAGGUGCCUCUGUCAGAAGUGCUUCGAGCGUCGAAAUUGCCGGCAAAACAACGGGGGAUGAACGUCAAGCCUGCAGUUGAUCAAUUGACAUCGUUAGCAUAUGAUCAAGGCCUCUUGCCAACUGACUUGAACCAACUAAUCAACCUCAUCACAACGCCGAAUUUCUUGGAUCAAGCUAGUCUCUCUAGUGUUAUUAGGAAUUUGUACCCUGCAACCUCUGUGGCUGGUGAACUGGUCAUCAAGGUCAUAGGGUGUCUCGGUCAUGGCAAGCUCAAGCCAUCUCUCACCAUUCAAGCGGCUUUAUUGAAGUGGCUUAUUAUGAUUCAAAACGUCGUCGAGAGCCGAAACUACUUCCUACAGGCAUACCCAGUCCUGUUCAACCUGCUUGAUACUGCAGCCCUUCGAACACAUGUAUGCCACUUACUGGCACUCAUCACACGCCGCCGACAUGUCCGUCCUCACAGGAUUCAGUCACUCCUGUUAUUGUCAAGGCAGACUGGCAAUGACCCAGCGCUCACCGGUCUCCUCAGAGUCUACAAAGACUACUAUCCCGAGAUAAUCGUUGGAGAUGUGACACGAGGGAAGGCAUCGGCCUUCAACCACCCAGACUCACAAUGGCGCGAAAGGUUAGACGAGAUUCGGAGAGCUCAUGCGCAAAGACGCGCCUCACGGUCAGAAACGCCCCUUGAUGCCUUCAGAGUAGCACGCCAUAGGUUGAAUGGCACCAAGAACUUUUUAAUUCCUGAAGUUCAUACAUUACACGCAACAGAGCGCUCCAUAACACUCGAGGAAAUUGAAAGCGUUGAUGGCUUUGUAAAGAACCUCGAAAGAAUUGAAUUACCAAACCAACUUAUUUCCGUCCUUGGGGAUCCUUUACUGCAGAAGCUUCUAUACCUGCGGCCACAAGCCCAAGCGCAUCUACGUGCAUGCAAUUGGUUAAGCUCUUAUACACAAGACAUGAUGGCAGGGGAAUCCGAUACUCAUAUAAUAGACAUUCUAAACACCCUAAAGAAUUACGUCACGGCCACCAAAGCUCUUCCUCCAAUAUUUCUUGCGUUCCUCGCGGAGCUUAUGAAUAACUGGGAUGGUGUCGAAGGGAGAGAACUGGUCCUUGAUAUCUUGACCUAUACACCGCUAGGAGACUUUCAAGAACUCCAAGCCAAUCUUUUUCAAUCUCUUGAAAAGAAGGUACUAGAUGGAACGCCACAGUCACAACUUCAGAUCCUGGACUUUUUCACGUCCCUAUUACGCCAGUGGAUAACACGUUUGGUAUCCUCUGACAAGAAGUCCCUACAAGCAUCCCAAUGCGCUGCUGGCCUUGUUGCACACGUCAACAACCUCUGUUUAACCCUCAUCCAGACAUCGAGCAACAUGUCCACACAUGGAAAAGUUUUAGACUUCUACUACGAGACCUCAUCUCUAUCCUCUGACGUACACCUCCUUACGCAUGUCCAAGUUCCUGCCGUACCUCCAGCGACCCUGAUUUACAGCAUGUUUUUUGCUGCUUCUCCAUCGACUGCAUCUCGAGUGUGUUCUGUGAUUGCGAAAUACAAAGAAGGUUUCCAAACUGCAAUGAGAGUUGCUCAAGUGAACUAUACACCAAGACACAUUCCCGAAUUCAACGGUUUCUUAAUGGAUAUUUGUAAUUGUUUGUGGAGGCAACGCGCUCUGAGUGGAGAAGACGCUAAUGCGAAGGGAUGCCUGAUUCCACACCCGCUGGUCGAGGAUUUGUCGACUUACGUCGCCAGUCUAUCAAUUGGUGCCCCUCUUGCUAGUCUCUUCUCACUAUCCUACUCGCCCCUCUUCAGUUCAUUCUCAAUUUCUUUCCUGCGGGAAUUAGAAGACGAAAUAGAAGACCAGGAGACGCUUGAUGUCAAGCAUGCCGGCCCGGUAACAAAGACCUCUUUGAGGACCCUCGCUAACAGGGGCGGUAUCAAUGUGUCCUGGGAUGAUUAUCGGCGCGGCGUUCUGGGUUACCUGGGCAGUCGUGACAUGAGAGGUGUUGAACACUUACUGUCAGUUACGAUGGGAACUCUGCGACAGAAGUAGACUACCUCAGAUCUAUAUACGAAUUCAGAAUAUCUUCUGUUGCGAACUCUCGCUUUAGCCGUUGGUUACCAGAUACAAGAUCAUUCAUCGAAUGGCAUCAUCUAAAUACUAUCGGCGACCUAGGUUCGCCAGGAAUAUUUGCCAAGCGAAGGCGAAAAUGGUGAAAGGGGCCGAGCCGGAACUUGCCCUUUCAAAAAACCGUAAACCACUGCUAUAGAUCGCCUUGGAUGAAGAUGGAGAACCUAAGGAGAUCAAAAAGCUACUGGAAUAAGCAGGUGUAAACAUAGCAAUCCUCGGCAAAAUUAAUGAACUCCAGAGGAAAGGAAACAACA